CAUGCAAGGCGUGGGGUCGCUGAGCACUGCAAGAGCAACAGGCCAGUUCCUGCCUGCACAGGGAGUCCUCGCAAGCAGGCAGGUGGAGCUCUCGCUCCGCGCCAUGGCUCCUCUGCGGUCUCUGCAGCCGUUUGCAUUUCCUGAAACCGGAUCUUGGUGUCAGAGCCGCCCCUGGGCCGGGCGGGCGCCUCAGCCAUGGCCCUGCGCAAGGAGCUGCUUAAAUCCAUCUGGUAUGCUUUCACCGCCCUGGAUGUGGAGAAGAGCGGCAAGGUCUCCAAGUCCCAGCUCAAGGUGCUGUCCCACAACCUGUACACAGUCCUACACAUCCCCCAUGACCCCGUGGCUCUGGAGGAGCACUUCCGAGAUGAUGACGAUGGCCCUGUGUCCAGCCAGGGAUACAUGCCCUACCUCAACAAGUACAUCCUGGACAAGGUGGAGGAGGGGGCUUUCAUUAAGGAGCACUUCGAUGAACUGUGCUGGACGCUGACGGCCAAGAAGAACUAUCAGGUGGAUAGCAAUGGGAACAGCAUGCUCUCCAAUCAGGACGCUUUCCGCCUCUGGUGCCUCUUCAACUUCCUAUCUGAGGACAAGUACCCUCUGAUCAUGGUUCCUGAUGAGGUAGAAUACUUGCUGAAGAAGGUGCUCAACAGCAUGAGCUUGGAGGUGGGCAUGGGUGAGCUGGAGGAGCUGCUGGCCCAGGAGGCCCAGGCAGCCCAGACUACUGGGGGGCUCAGCGUCUGGCAAUUCCUGGAGCUCUUCAACUCAGGCCGCUGUCUGCGAGGUGUGGGGCGGGAUGCCCUCAGCAUGGCCAUCCAUGAGGUGUACCAGGAACUGAUCCAAGAUGUCCUGAAGCAGGGCUACCUGUGGAAGCGAGGGCACCUGAGGAGGAACUGGGCAGAACGCUGGUUCCAGCUGCAACCCAGCUGCCUCUGCUAUUUUGGGAGUGAAGAGUGCAAGGAGAAAAGGGGUACCAUCCCGCUGGAUGCACAGUGCUGCGUGGAGGUGCUGCCCGACAGAGAAGGGAAGCGCUGCAUGUUCUGCGUGAAGACAGCCUCCCGCACAUAUGAGAUGAGCGCCUCAGACACGCGCCAGCGCCAGGAGUGGACGGCUGCCAUCCAGACGGCGAUCCGGCUCCAGGCCGAGGGGAAGACGUCGCUGCACAAGGACCUGAAGCAGAAGCGUCGCGAGCAGCGCGAGCAGCGGGAGCGGCGCCGGGCAGCCAAGGAAGAGGAGCUACUGCGACUGCAGCAGUUACAGGAGGAGAAGGAGCGGAAGCUGCAGGAGCUGGAGCUGCUGCAGGAAGCGCAGCGGCAGGCCGAGCGCCUGCUGCAAGAAGAGGAAGAGCGGCGUCGCAGCCAGCACCUGGAGCUUCAGCAGGAGCUGGAGGGCCAAUUGCGCGAGGCAGAGCAGGCCCGGGCCUCCAUGCAGGCUGAGAUGGAGCUGAAGGAGGAGGAGGCAGCCCAGCAGCGGCAGCGCAUCAAGGAACUGGAGGAGAUGCAGCAGAGGCUUCAGGAGGCCCUGCACCUGGAGGUGAAGGCUCGGAGGGAUGAGGAGGCGGUGCGCAUAGCCCAGACCAGACUGCUGGAGGAGGAGGAGGAGAAACUGAAGCAACUGCUGCAGCUGAAGGAGCAACAGGAGCGCUACAUCGAGCAGGCCCAGCAGGAGAAGCAAGAGCUGCAGCAAGAGAUGGCGCUGCAGACCCGCUCCCUGCAGCAGGCCCAGCAGCAGCUGGAGGAGGUGCGGCAGAACCGGCAAAGGGCCGACGAGGACGUGGAGGCUGCCCAGCGGAAGUUGCGCCAGGCCAGCACCAAUGUGAAACACUGGAAUGUCCAGAUGAACCGGCUCAUGCAUCCAAUUGAGCCUGGAGACAAGCGUCCUACCACCAGCAGCUCCUUCACGGGCUUCCAGCCCCCUCUGCUUGCCCACCGUGACUCCUCCCUAAAGUGCCUGACCCGCUGGGGAUCCCGGGACAACAGGACCCCCUCACCCAGCAGCAGUGAGCAGCAAAAGUCCCUCAAUGGUGGGGAUGAAGCUCCCAUCUCGGCUUCCACUCCUCAGGAAGAUAAACUGGACCCAGCACCAGAAAAUUAGCCUCUGCUAGGCCCUUUGCCCCUGACCUCAUGCCCACCGGACCUGGCCACAGCUGGCCUGUGAGUGACACCGGCCCCUGCAGAAGGAGCUGAGGUCCUGGUGUCAGGAGCCCAGGCCCUCCAACCAUGAAACAGUCCACAGUGGAAUCUAAUUCAGUUCUUGCACCAAGCCCAGGCCACAGACCACUGAGGUUGUCUGGGAUGUUGAUCCUGGAGAACGUCACCCUGUGCCUUAAUCCCAAGGACCCUGUGUCCUCGGCUGGGAAAGAGUAAACAAGCAAGCCAGGGGCCAUCUGCCCCGAGACUGUUGCCAAGUUGUGGAGGCACAUUUCCAAAUAAAAACUGUUCUUGGAAUGAAUUACUGAUCAGGUCUGCUGUCCAUCUCUCCUGUCAUUUCCUCUCUUCCUCCCUCACGUCCAGUUAUAGGUCCCAGAAGGAAUAAGGUAUAGUGCAGUGUCUAGGGAAGUAUGCUCUGCCACCUACAAACUGGGUGAUUUGGUCAAGCUUCUUUACUUCUCUGUGCUUCAGUUCCCAUGCUGGUAAAAUAGGGAUGAUGAGAGUACCAGCCUUGGCACAUGAGCAAGCACUACGAUUAGCAUUACCCUAAAGUGUUUAGUGAGCAUCUAUUCUAUGCCUUGCAAUUUCCCAGGUUGUUUAAUUCCCAUGGCAACCACGAGAGGUGGAUGUUAUUAGUCUCAUUUAACAUGUGGAGAAAAUGAGGCUCAGAGAGGUCAGGUAACUUGCCCAAGCCUUCCAAACUUUCUCCUCUUCCCACUUUAUCCAAUUCACUGACCUUGUUACCUAAGACAGAGAACUGGGAACCUUGGUGACUUGUUCUCUCUCAUUCCCCUCAUGCAAAACCCAUCAUCAAAUCUAGUAGAUUGUUUCUCAUUCAAACUUUCAAAUCUAUCCCUCUAUCCUCAUGGCAGCCACUAUAGCUAAGGCCUUUGUAUUCUCCUUCUGCAUGCUCAUCUUUGUCUGCUUAUCCAUCUUGCCCCAUAUCUAAUCAGUCUCUAAAUCCAACUGAUUGGAUUUUCUUGGUCACUUUCAAAUCCAUUCCCUUUGGGCCAUGUCUCAAGGCCAUUGCCUUACUCAGGCCCUCCUCACCUCCCAACUAGAUAGGAGCAAUAACUGGGUCUCCUUGCUAAUUCUCCCCAUGGCUGCCUGCAUGACUUUCUAAAAUGUAGAUCUGUCCUUGACUCUUCCCACUUUCCAGCCUCUCAGCAGUACCCUGGACAGUCAAAUUCACAUUCCUGUAUGUGGCAUACAAGGCCUGGGACAACCUGGCCCAGAAGGGCCUCAUGUGCCUCUGCUUUAUAGAUUUAAUAGCAGCAACCUCCUUUUUCUUCCUCUGGACCUGUACACUGGCUGUCCUUUCCACCAUACUUCAUUUAACAGCCUCCAUAACUAGAUCCUUGAGUUCCUUGAAGGCAGGAGCACAUCUUCAACUUACGUCCCCAGUGCCUAGCACAGUGCAUGGCUCUUACUAUGCAUGCAACAACUGUUUGUUGAAUUCAUUCAUUCAUUCAUGAAUUCUAAAAUGAAUGACUGGGUGUCACAUAGCUUAAAAGUGAUGAAGUGGCUAAGAUUAAAACUCAAGUCUAUUUAUUCAACAAAUUAUUUAUUAAGCUCUAAUUAUAUGUCAGGUAUUAUACUAGGUGCUGGCUACAUGGCACAGAAGAAAACAGAAUUCCUGCCCUCCUGGAACUUAUGUACUGUCUAAUAUCAGAGUUCAUCUUUUUUGCAAGCACACCAAACUCUACUGCAAGGAACUUUAUUACAUUCUAUUUAAAGUGCCAUGAAACAAAGCUGCCAGUAUAACACGAUGUGUAUUACAGGGAUGAGAUGUGAGCUUCAAACUCAUAAGUGUGGUAGGAAUUCAGAAAAAAAAAGGGAAGCACUAGGUAGGAGUUGGGAUUCAGGGUGGCCCUCAAAAUUUUAUUAAAUAAGAAAGGAGAGUAGGAGAACAUGGGAAUAACAUAAGUAGAAAGAAGCAUAACAUUUAUGGGCACAAGAAAUCUGGAUUAUAUAUAUUGGAUGAGAAGAUCAAUGGCCCUCUAAUGGAGUGGGGUAUCUCUAGCAUACAGGGAGUUUUAAGAAAAUCAAUUUGCAGAUCCUCAACUUCCACAUGUUCUCUUUACCAAAAUUGCUUUCCUCUUUCAUAAUUUCCCCUUCCCUACUUUUCAGCCACCCAUCCACUAUCUUUAAAAAUGGACUAUACAGGGGGGUAAAAUUCCUGGAACACUGUAAACAAAGCAACAGUCUGAAACUCUGGUGUAGGACUGUGGGUGCUGAGAAAGUGAAUGGCUCAAAAUGGACAACAAAUUCUUUUUGUUUCAAGUUGGGAGAUUUCAAAAUGUUUGCUUUCAAGAUCUGGGAGGACUUAACUGCAUUGUCAGCUGAAAAAUCAUUAAUGAUGUUUUUUAAUAAUAGAUGUCUGUGAUUUUGUGGGGCAAACAAUUCAGAUGCCAUUGCUGUAUUAAAACUCUCCCAGUUCCCAUCUAACUGUUUAUGUGAACAAGUUUUCUCAGCUUACAAAUGAAAAAACAGGGCUAGAAUUGAUACUGAAUGCGAUCUCAUUCUAGCAAUAAAUACUAUUCAACUGUGGACAUAUGAACUGGGUGGGGGAAAAAAGUAGCCCAUCCAUUUCAUUAAGAAAUACUCUUCCAAUGCAUUUUUUUUGUAUUUAUGUUUAAUACUAAUGAAAAUCCUAAUAUUUAUGCGGUUUGGAUCAAUUGGCUAUUACUAAUAUUUGUAAUGGCCAUUCAAACCUGAAGAAAAUUUCUCACUUAGAACUUUAUAAUUACGUGAAACUUAAAAAAUUCAUGAAUUCCAAUGUACAUACAUAUUUUGGUUGCAGAGAUGUAUGAUAUGGUUCUCAAUAAAAGAACAUCAAACAUAAAAAUAUGUUAUGUUUAGAUUUCUAGGGUAAAGUAGCAUGGAAAUACAGGUACAAGGAGAAAA